AUGAGCCAGCCACCGCCCCCUCCCCCUCCUCAUGGGAACAAUCCCAGAACAACGGCUGGUUCGGCACCUUCCCCCGGUUCUGGACUUCCACGAGGGAAAUACGAUGUUUUUAUUAUUCCAGAACACUCGGCCGGCGCUGGUUUCCUGUACCUGCCCUCCCUGAGGCCCCAGUGGAACAGCUUCUUCGCUGGCAUCGCCUGUUCAGUGAUCGUGCUGCUGGUAUUCAUCAACUUCGCACCGAUGAUUGCCCAGGUCUUAUGGAGCUUGAGGAACUUGGGCGCGAUGGGAAACCUGCUAUGGGCGGCAAUGGCAGCCAUGCUGUUCUUCUUCGGACGAAUGCAAGGGGAGAGCUCUUCCGCGAAAUUCUAUGAGAGUCGAGCGAAUGGAAGUGGCCAGAAUCCCGGUGCUGGAUAUGGAGGAGCCAAAUCAGAAUGGUACACCCCUCCCCCGAACCCCGGUCCCACACCCAACCAAGCCCCGCCACCUCCACCUCCGCCGCCUACUGCGGAGGACGAGCAUGAGCCUCGUGGCGGCUCAUACAGGUCGUCAUGGGAGGAGGAGCCACGCCCACCACCGCAGCCACAGCCAAAGGCUAAUCCUCCCGCACCAGAACCGAAGCCGGAGCCAAAGCCGGAACCCAAGGCAAGACCGGAACCGAAGCCAGAGCCAAGGCGGACGCCAACCCCGGAACCCACACCGGAGCCAAAGGCAGAACCUAAGGAGCCGAAACCUAAGAAGAGAUCGAAGAAGGAGCGCAGAGCCGAGGAGGCUGCCAAAGCCGAAGAGGCCGCCAAGUCUGCUGAGGUUCCCAAGCCUGCAGAGCCUCCUAAACCGAAGGAGAUGCCGAGGCCCAAGGAGGCCCCGAAACCGGCCGAAGCACCCAAACCAAAGGAGGUCCCAAUACCAGCUGAACCACCUAAGCCAAAGGAAACCCCCAAGCCGAAGGAGAUUCCAAAGCCCAAAGAGGUACCGAAGCCGAAGGUCCAGCCACCUCCACCACCGCCAACUCCUCCUCCUGCUGAGGAGCGACCCAAGACUCCGGUUUCCCAGCCGAGCCCGACCAAGGGCACUAGCGCUUGGGAGAAAGCAAGAGAAGAGACACGGAAGCGCAUAGAGGAGCAGAAGGCCAAAGAGGCCGAGCAAAAGCGGAAAGAGGAGAUGGCCCGGCGGUUGAGAGAGCUUCGCGAGCGCGAGGCCAAGGAGCGCGAGAAGCGGGAGGCCGACAAGAGGGAGAGAGAGGAAAGAGACCGCCUCAAGAAGGAGCAAGAGGAGAAGGAAAAGGAAAGGAUCGAAAGAGAGUUGAGGGAGAAGCUGGAGAAGGAGAAUCGUGAGAUUCGUGAGAAGCUCGAAAAGGAAAUGCGCGAAAAGCUUCAAAGGGAGCUGAGAGAACGCGAGGCCCGUGAGCGCAAAGAACGUGAAACCCGCGAGAGGUUGGCGAGAGAGCGUGAGGCUAGGGAGAAAGCCGAACGUGAAGCCAGGGAAAGGGAGAUCGCGAGGGAGAAGGAGGAGCUGCGACUCAAACUUGAGCAGGAGCGCCAGGCCGCCCGAGAAAGAGAGGCCAAGGAAGCUCAAGAGAGGAAAGAACGUGAAGAGCGUCUGACUCGACUGCGAAAGGAAAGAGAGGAGCGCCUCAAGAGGGAGGAGCAAGCCCGCAAGGAAAAGGAAGAGAGGGAGCAGAACGAACGGAGAGGGACGUCAUACGCCUACUCGUCUGUCGGUGAGAAGACGAGCAUGUGGCCCAAUGGUAAACCACCCAGCGUUGCUCCCUCAGAAUCUGCUUGGUCAGCCCCAACUCCUCCAAGAGCUGCUUCACCGCCUCCUCCAUCUCCAACAAAGCCUGCACCAUCGCCAGUUCCACCCAAGCAUACAUCCAUUCCUCGGCCAGCACCAGCUGCCCCAACACCACCACCAGCUGCCCAAUCCCAGUACCAGCCCCCGCCACAGAAGCAGCCUACCCCCAAGCCAGCAGCAUCGUCAACAGGUACAGCAGAUGAAUACUCGUUCCGACCGUACGACACGCCGAAGAAGUCGCGGAAGAAGUCAGAAACUGAUUUCUCCGAGUCUUCCUAUGCCCACUCGGCCUCGACCGCGAGAACCACGCCCCCGCCGCCGAUGAGAGAGCCAUACACAACCAACGACCCGAACAAGAUCGUCAUUCGAGCGGUGUACGCCUACCUCAACGAGUUUUCCAAGACGCCGGCGCAGCAGCUUAUCUCGGGCAUCAAGCCUGUCACGGACGGUCUCAUUCUGCGAAUCACGAGCGCGGGACUGUUCGUCGACGACGACGUACGAGGCGUGGCACAAAGGGAGUGGGACGUCAAGGCCUGGACUCUUAAGCAGAUCGAGAUCUGGUGUCCCACCCACGCGCAGAAUGCCUCCGCUUCUAGUGCCCCAGGUUCGAUCCCUACCAAUCACCCCUUCUUCAAGACCAUGCCUACCCGUCCCCGCGCUGCUGAGCGUGGUGCGACCAAGGUCAUGAUUGGCGAAGAGGCGCUGGAGUAUCUAAGUGAGUUCUCGCGAUGCUGCAAGGGUACGUGUCGCCGUGGCCAGGCCUCGGCUGGUGGACCUCCGGCUAGGGGCCUGCAUCUUGUCCGGGCCACGCAGAGGGAUGCUGGUGGCAAGAGAUACCUUUUUGUGGUGGAUGAGGAGGAGGGAUGGAAGAUUGCCGAUGGCAUCGCGGCCCUCAGGGGCAGUGGCCAAGUCAGAGCGCUUGGCGUGGCUGGUUUCAGCAGCCUUGAGUCGAGGACAGUGCUGGACUCGCUCGGUUUCCAUCAGUAG